CAGUUGCCGGUGUAGUUACAGUAAACACCUCAGAUCAGUGAGCUGCUGUCAGAAAGCUCUUAGUUGGAUGUGGACUAGUUGAAGCUGAAAUGAGUCUGCCAACCAGAGAACAGUUUGAGGAGUGGAGUUCAACCCAGGUAUCCUGCUUCUUGUCUCAGAACAAGAUGCGAGACUGUGCAGUAGCAGUGCAGAGAAUGAAGAUUGAUGGACGGAGGUUUCUGAACCUCUCCGACAAUGAUCUGAGCAAGUUCAGCCUCAUCCAUCGACCGCAAAUCCAGAAGAUAGUUCAGGACAUCAAAAAGAAUGAUGACAGCAUUUUCAAUCGAUUAAAACGGUUCCAAACUGAGCAGACAGCCAACAUUCUUAAAACUGGCAGAAAUACAAUAGACAGACUAACGAACAAUAAACCUCCAAAAGUACCUGCAAGAGACUACCCAGGUGAUAACCAGGACUCAGAACAGUCAUCAGAUUCAGACUUUGACAAUGACCUGUAUGAAGAUCCACAAGGUGAUUACAACUAUGAGCCUCCCCCUUGUGAGCGAUCCUUCAAUCCUGCCCGUAAGAUCAACUACCCAGGUGGAGACUAUCUGGAUGCACGCCCUGGUCGACAAAUGCAAACUAAACCGAUGAUGCCCUUCCUACCAAACAAACCUCCAAUUCCAGAAAAGCCUAAACAAGCAGCAAAUUAUGAUGAGGACUAUAUUGAUCCUGAGGAAGACAUGGAUGAUAACUAUAUUGACCCUUCUGAAAAAGAUCACCAAGGAAUGCAAUCAGGACGCUCAUACAGUCCAGAUGUCUAUGAGGUUCCUGACCAGGACAAUUCUCCAUCCAUCAGUAGGUGCAGCUCAAAGCUCCAAUCCCCAGCACUACAGCUGCCCCCUAAACCAAGUCCCAGACUUCAUAUGAAGAAACCAUCUAUCUGUCCAGAGCCAGAGGAUAAGAAUGGAUAUGAUAUUCAUUUUGAUGGCAGUUUUUCCCCUGCAGGUUCAAAAGAAGAUCGAGAGGAGAGGAAGUGCGUAGAAGAAAGACGGCCAUCUAUACCUGUCCCUCUGCCAAGAGAAGUGAAGAACCCAAAACCACUAGCCUUACAGAAACCGAGCAUUCCAUCUAGAGACAAUGAAGGUAACUUUGUUCGGGAUCCGGCUUCUGCUGUGGUCUCUCCCCCCACUACAUCCUCUUCCUUUUUUCUUGUAAACAGGUCUCUGCAGCGUGACAACCUCUGCAAGAGGAGAGGAAGCUUACCUCAGGAGGACAGUGCCACUAGGCAGCAAGAGGAGGAGGCUGGUGUGUAUAAGAAGCCAUGGUAUGCCAGUAACUGUGACCGUAAAACAGCAGAGGACACACUUACCCGAUCAGCCAAGGAUGGUUCCUACAUGGUGAGAAAGAGCUCAGGUGUAGAUGCCCUGCAGCCCUACACUUUAGUUGUGUUCUACAAUGGGCGGGUUUACAACAUACCAGUGCGCUACAUUCUCGCCACAAAACAGUACGCACUGGGCAAGCAGAAGAACAGGGAAGAGCGGUUUAAAACUGUCUCGGAAAUCAUCGAGAACCAUCAGAAAAACACGCUCGUGUUGGUGGACAUGCAAAGCAACACAAAAGACUCCACUACUCUGAAGCACGCCAUAAAGCCGUGACUCGAUUCCAUUUGAACAACUUCCUGUCACGACUCUUCACACCGUCAGUCUGGUGAAGAAGGAGGGGAAAAAAUUUAACACUGAUCAAAAAGCAAAGUGUUGCUUAUACUGACAACUGGCUUGUAAAAGUGUGUAAAGUAUUCAUGCAUAAGCUGUAUUUAAUGCACUUCUGUUAUACAGUGUAUUUUCAACUCCAGACAAAACAAUUCAAUCAAAGUUUUGAAACAAUUUGCAACAUUUUUAAUUACAAUCUAUUUACUGAGGCUCGGGAUGAAGUGGAAACGGAAUGACCUUAUUUCUAGUGUACACGUAUAUACAUUUCUCAUGUUACAGGUUUGUAAACUUGCAUUUGUACUCAAAGCA